UAACUGCAUUGUUUCCCACUGUCGGAACACCCAGAUGUCUGACAUCAGAGUUCUGUUAAACUCUAGAAUAGGCUGCAGGGACAGUGACUUUAAGGUUUUCCCGUGGUUUUUUGCACAGCUGGCUUAUAUCUUCCCUUGCUUACUUAGUUUCUGUGAAUGCACAUGAGUUAGGCUGAACGACCUAAUAACUACCCCUGUGCGCUGGGGCAAGGGUAUCUGGCAUCUUCCCACUCGGUGUAAAGGUUUGUACGGGAGAGCAGAUUCUAGGGUGUUCGUUCAUCCUGUCCAUCAACUUCUUUUUAAAAAUUCAUUUUUGAAAAAGGAGAGGAAUUCAUUGGACAAUUCAAACACCUGGGUUUUAGAGAGACGUUCUUUUAAGAUGAUAAGAUUGCUUGGUGAGCAAGGAAAAUAACUGUUUUGAUUACUGGAAACAUUCGUGAGGAUUCAUGAGAAAAAUUCCACACUUCUCCAGAAACAGUCUCCGACCUAGUGCUGAACAGUUAAGUUUUGAUCAUGUAGGUAUUAACCGCACACAUUUGGGGACCUUCCUUAUUUUCACCCUCUCUGUUUAGCUUUUGAUUAUUUUACUGCCGCUGUUUCUACGACCACUGCUGUGAUUGCUACUACUCUCUCAGUAUCAUUAUUAUUAUUAACUGCAGUAAAGUUAUUCUUUUCAUUCUGUUUUGCUUUUAAGUAGGCUCCACACCCAGCAGGGAGCCCAAUGCGGGGCUUGAACUCUCCAUCUUAAGAUCACGACCUAAGCUGAGAUCAGGAGUCAGAUGUUUAACUGAUUGAGCCACCCAGGCGCCCCAGUGAAGUUAUUCUUACAAAUGUGUCCAUUUAUUAAGCCCUGUGUGCCAUACAUAUAAGGUUCAUCUAAGGUUUGGUGCAGGCACAUAUUUGAAGGAAAAAGGAUAUGUUUAUUGGGUGCUAUUUAAUGUGCCCAGUCCUGAAUGCUUUAUAUAUGCAUUUCAUUUAUACCUCACAACAGCCUUGAGAGGCAGCUAGAGUUACCACCAUUUCAUUUGCUGUGAUCAAUAUGGCUAAGAGUUGAUAAGUAAACAUAAGAGAAUAUGCUGGCAAUACAAGAGCUGGGAUUUGAACUCGGGUUCUUUUUAUUCCAAAGUCUGUGUUUCCCCUGGUCUACUAUAGCCUCACCAAAUGGAUGAGUGAGUGAACGAAUGAAAAAACAUUCUAGUGUGGUGCUCAUUUUUAGGAGGUGUGUAUUUUGAAUUAUCAAGCCAAGAAGGAAGUAUUCUUUCAUUUAAACUCUAUGAAAACCUCAGUGUAGUACUUACACAGUUUUGUAUCAUGGAUAUCCAGUGACACCUGUCAGGGGUGACAUAGGGCUCUCUUAUGAACUCAGUUACAUAUCUUACAUUAAAAGGUGCCAAAUUUCCUCAGUAUCAGUUGCUUGGGUGUGUUGGCAUAUUAUUUAGGAUUAGUUUUAACGUAAUACCAGAAACAGCAGUGGUUUGGAUAAGAUAGAGUUAUCUGUAUUUCUCUCUCAAGUACAGUGACUUUAGAGGAAGACCGUUUAAGGCUGAUAUGGCAGCUUACAGUUUUUCAGGGACCCAGGCACCUUCCGUUUCUUUUAUCCACCGUUCCAACAGUGGAGCUUUCCAUUUUCGGGAUGAAUAUUUUGCAGGAGGAAGAAAACAUGAAGAAGAAUAUGCUCCUUCCUUUAAGGAAACUUCCCAGAAGUCUCCUGGAACACUUCUGCUUCCCUCUUCUUGGCCAGCACUUUAUAGGAGAUGUAGGGGAUCAUAGUCACUCCUACCUCCUAGGGCCUCAUUGUGAGGACCAAAUGAACUAAUGUGUGUGAAGUGCCCAGAACAGUACUUGGCACACAGUCAGUGGUGGAGGAGGGUCUGCCCUUAGUGUUUUGUCUGAUGCCUCCAUGGCCAUAUCUGGGGUCUAGGCCCAUCAGGCUUGAUAGGUCUUUCCCAAAGACUUGUUUUAACUACUUUGGUCUUUGCACCCUCCUACACAGUACAGACAGCAGCAGUCCUAAUGAUAUAGCAUGAACAUGAUGAUGAUGAUUGAUGAUGAGGAGGAGGAUGAUGAUGAUUAUAAAGAUAAAAAAAAUAACCUCUUAGCAAAUGCCAGCUUCACGCCAGUGACUGGACUAAAUACCUUGUCCCAUUACCUCCUUUAUGUCGCAGACCCUACGAAGGACACACUAUCAUGGUCCCCCUUUUACAAGUAAGGGGUCUUUGGCUCAGCAAGAGAUGGAUUAACUUGCUCAAGGUCAUUCAGCUACAGGUGCAGGGCAGGGACUGGAAUCCAAGAAAGUCUGACCCCCUCCCCCCAAAACGUACUUGGGAUAUCCACUGCCUUCCAUGAGCUUUUAGGUCUCUCUGCCUCUAAAAUUUCAUCUCCUUUUGGAAUGGUUAGCCUGGUCACAUAUUUAGUCAGUCCUAUUGACACUGCUGUCUGUAGUGACCUUGAUUAUCAGUGACUUUCCUUACUGAAAGAGAAAUGCCCACGCCUUGAUGCUGCCUGCAUCAGUGAUGUCUUCUCCAAAGGAAUCCUUUAAGCACCAGGUCUUGUGUCUGUACUUGGCAGAGGAACAAACUGAAGCAACCCAUGUUACUGUCAUUUCAAUGCUCUUCUGAUGAACCGUGAUUGUGGUAGACAAAUGGGCUGUCAAGAGAAGCCAUAAAAUUAUGCCCAGUGUUGGCUGUUGGCUUGUUGGUGAUGUGGAGACAAUGGGGACUUUGCCAUCCUCCCUGAAAGCCAUACUAAAUUGAGAUCAUCCGUAGGAGCCCUUUGCUAGCAUAAUCGACCCAGUUGCACCAUUACCAGCCAGGGAAACAGACCUGGACAGAGCCCUCACCUUAAUUAGUGUUUAUAGUUUAGUCUGCCCUCUGAAUAAGCCUGCGAUUUGAAUCAGCAGAAUUGCACAUCCACCCAUGUUCCAGAAUGAAUCUCCACCUAACUUGUUGCCGUGGGGCCGAGUUCUGAACUGACAGUUCUUGUUGAGGAACAUUUCUCACGAAUCAGUACUGCCUGGAGGUGGUGGUAAGAAACUGAUAAUGACAAGCUCAGGAGCAAAUUAACAGUGCUCAGGAAAAUAUGAGCUAGGCAUAGAGAGAAAGCAAAAACAGCUCCCACUCACAAGCUUCAGCUGGGGACACCUUCAUCCUGUAGGCGGAAAUUGGGGCCCAAGCGGCCCUUUAAUGAUGACUCCGUGAUUCUCACGCAGAGAGAACCGCUGGGGGGAGCCGUGAUGAUCACGGUUGGCUGGCAUCUUGGCAGGUGGUGUACCUAGUGUGUAAAAGAAAGCUGGAGAGUAAAAAGGAAGCUCUGCUGAUCCUCUCCAAGGAGCUGGACACAUGCCAGCAAGAAAGGGACCAGUACAAACUCAUGGCCAAUCAGCUUCGAGAGCGCCACCAAUCCCUGAAGAAGAAAUACCGAGAGUUGAUCGAUGGAGAUCCAUCACUUCCCCCUGAAAAAAGGAAACAGCCUGGGGGAGUACAGGGGAGCUGCCUGACCUUUCUGAGACUCAAAUUCCUCCUCUCCAAGGCUAAUCUUGCACAGCUACUGAGAGAUUCUCAGGACCGAAAUGCACAUCUGGGAGAAGAAAUUAAAGAACUUCAGCAAAGGCUUGCAGAAGUCCAGGGUGACAAUAAGCUCUUGAGAAUGACAAUUGCCAAACAGAGGCUCGGAGACGAAGAAAUUGGCGUGCGACACUUCGCAGCUCACGAGCGUGAAGACUUGGUUCAGCAGCUGGAGAGAGCCAAGGAGCAGAUUGAGUCUCUGGAGCAUGACCUACAGGCCUCUGUGGAUGAGCUUCAGGAUGUGAAAGAGGAGCGGUCUUCCUACCAGGACAAAGUGGAGAGGCUCAACCAGGAGCUAAACCGUAUCCUGGGCGGGCACGAGAACCGUCUCAUCGACGUGGAUGCCCUCUGCAUGGAGAACAGGUACCUUCAAGAGAGACUAAAGCAACUUCAUGAAGAGGUCAACCUCUUGAAAUCAAACAUUGCCAAGUACAAGAAUGCUCUCGAGAGACGGAAAAACUCAAAAGGCCAGAGUAAAUCUAGCAGCAGUGCGCUAACUGGAGUCUUGUCUGCAAAGCAAGUUCAGGAUCUGUUGUCUGAGGAUCACGGGUGCAGUCUCCCAGCUACUCCACAGUCCAUUUCUGAUCUGAAAUCUCUGGCAACGGCCCUACUAGAGACAAUCCACGAGAAAAACAUGGUCAUCCAGCACCAGAGGCAGACCAGCAAAAUCCUAGGGAAUCGGGUGGCUGAAUUGGAGAAAAAGUUAAGAACUCUGGAAGUUUCUGGUUUGUGGAGUCUUCCAGGGGGCAAGGACACCAUACUGUUCGGCGACCCCGCUGUUCCCACCAUACAGAGAUCGAGGUCUCCCCUGCUGAAGUUCAUCGAGCAGCCUGCUGAGAACAAAACGAAUUCCAAGGACGGGGAGAUCCAGACGCAAGAACGAGAUGAAUGUCGUGCCGCCACCGAGGCACUGACAGCACCCGAGGACAGGGGAAGGCCCGCCAUCAGCUCCCCGGCAAACCAGAGCCACGGGAACCAAUGCAACCCCUUUCAUCCUUCAUUACCGCAGGUACCCUCUGAGGAAGAAGAAAUGAACAGGCUUGGAAGGGAAAUCACGAAACUGACAGAGGCACAGGCAGAGGCAGAACCAGAAGGGGCCAGAAGAGCAGGUCCCGGGGAGGCUCAGAGGAACGAGAUGGGGACAGCCACGCUGGGCCUGACCUCCAGUGGGGAGGCCCCCAAAUCUUGCCAGGGCCCCACUGAGUCCAGCCAGGCAGCGGCCGAAGCCUCCGCCGCGGAGGACAGCAAGGAGACCCUGGAGGGUGCAGGCAGGAGGAGCCCCGUGAAAACAUGAAGGGGAAAGGGAUCCCCGCGAUGUCACGUCAGAGGCACGGGGGACGGUAAAGAAUCAAGCAUCAGAGCAGCUUUCGGAGGCGACUCUCUCCUAAAACACUUCAAGUCUGCAAGUGAGAAGGGACACAGGUCCUGUUGCAAACUGAACAUGCUGAUGAUGCCAGCACAGUGCGAUUUAUUAAAUGCCGGUCCUCAAGC